CUCUCAGAGCUGCACCUCAGUCCCAGAGUAAAGUCAGUCAGCCGUUAGUCCCUCGGCCGUUUCACAAUCGGUGAAUUUAAUAAGCGCUCACGGCAGUCCCGAGCUCCUUCUUCAGCCCAGGAUUGUUCUUCUGUCCAGCUCAGGGUCAGCUGAAGAAUGGACUACCUGAGGAGAGUGAGCGUGUUCCUGGGGUUCUGCCUGAACCUCAACUGGCUUUGCCUGGUUUCAGCAGUAAAGCUAUCAGGAAGUGAGGUCAUCAACCUUGGACACAAAUCAACAGCCUGGGAGCCUUUAAUGAACAUUUCUGCAAAUCUCUCCUCCAUUUCCAGCAUCACCUCCACCUUUGAGUUCCGAACCCUCGAUCCUGAAGGCAUCGUCUUCUACGGAGACACCAAAGAGGGUCAGGACUGGUUUGUGCUUUCUCUCCGCGAUGGUAUUCCUGAAGUGCAGAUCGGCAAAGCGAAUAUCCUGGUCAGUGUGAAAGGAGGACCGAAACUGAACGACGGAGUUUGGCACAAGCUGGAGUUGCGAAGCGAGGGGAAGUAUGUGGUUGUGGAAAUCAACAACAAGGUGGAGCUGGUGGUGGGAAUGGAGUCGGAUCAGACAGAAGACGUGCUGACCGGGAAAAUACGCCUGGCUCUGGGAGGCAUGCUGGUGGAUCCAAAGAGGCUCCUGCAUCCUUUUAAUCCUGAGAUGGAUGCAUGCAUACGGGCAGGAACCUGGCUGAACCUGAGCACUCCCUGGGAUGCAGAGCCGGACUGGAAACCGUUGCAUUGCUUUCCGGAGAUCAAGAAAGGCAGCUACUUUCCUGGAAGUGGAUUAGCUCUGUUUAAUACAUCUGAUCUUCCCGGAGUGGAGACAGAAGAGAGAGGCGUUACGAUUGAGGUGUACGGAUCGUGGCAUGGGACCUUGUUGAGUCUUCAGAGCCUUGAUUUCCAGUACAUUCUGCCCAGGGAUAAGGGAAAGGAGAACAGGGCCUUCGCCGUGGAGCUGAAGGAAGAAUCGGGUUCGAGCAACGCUGCUGACCCCACCAAGCUGACGCUGACUUUACUCAAACAUUCCCUGGAGUUGAACGGUGAGACCGCGCUGGAGAACGAAAGUAUCGACUUCCUCUCGAGGUGGAAGGAAGGGAUGAGCUUAGCGUUCGGUGGAGUGCCAGGUAAAGCAACCGGUGAGAGUGAGGACUCGACGAGCUCGCACCACCUCCAGGGCUGUUUGGAAAAAAUUCUGAUUCAGGGACAAGACAUCGAUCUCGAUCAGGCUUCCUUCAAGCACACGUCUAUCUCAUCACACAGCUGUCCUUCAAAAGCAGUGAAUGAACUCACGGAGAGUUAGUACAUCAGAGCUGCUGUUUGUCAAUCAUAGAAAAGGGGCGUGGCCACACCUCCACCAACCAGCUUCCACCAAACAAAUUAAAUUCAGUUACAUCAUCAUUCCAGUUCGACUAAAUCCUACAUCAUUACAGUAGAAGUGUCAUGCUGGCACACCUUUGCCACCCCCAUCCUUAAAAUCCUAGACUCAUGAUUUAGUUUAAGUCAUAACUCAUUGCUUCAGAUUAUUUCAUCUGUCAAUGAAGUAAAUAUCCUUCUAACAAAUAAUAGUCAUGUUACAUUAUCACAUGAUAAAUUCAUCCCAGGACAUUAACCUGCCUUGUUGUUUUGUGCUUUAUUUCCUUUGUGUUCAUACCGUGUUCAGGUCACAGAAGAUUGAAAGAUAAUUAAUGAGUGUUUUCUAACAAAAUUGAAUAAAACAUCCCACUUUAUCCA